AUGUCUAACAAACAGUUCUCUAGGUCAAGCAAAAUCCACGGUGGUGUUUGUAUUUAUGUCAAUAAUAAGUUUAGUGCUAAGCCUUUGUGUGACAAAGUUUUAAACAUUUCUGAGGAGUUACACUUUGAGGUUGCUGGUGUCACCUGUUUGGAUGGCACACAAAUUCUAACCAUAUAUAGAUCACCAAAUGGAGACUUCAAUAUAUUCUAUAAUAAGCUUCAAAUACUACUUAGUACUUUAGACUAUAAGCAAAAUAUAAUCAUAUCUGGUGAUUUUAUUUUAAAUUUAACACUCACGACAAGCAUGCCAAUGUGA